CUCUCAAGCCAAGCAGAUAUUCAUAUGCAGAUAUUAAGAGGAUUACAAAUCAAUUCAAGUACAAAUUAGGCCAAGGAGCCUACGGAACUAUUUUUAAAGGAAAACUUUCUUCUGAAUGCUUUGUUGCUGUGAAGGUACUUAACAAUUCUAAGCGUGAUGGGGAAGAGUUCAUAAAUGAAGUGGGAGCAAUGGGUCAUAUUCACCACGUCAAUGUGGUUCGCUUGGUUGGUUUUUGUGCAGAUGGAUUUAGACGAGCUCUGGUUUAUGAGUUCUUUUCCAAUGGUUCGCUCCAGGAUUAUAUUUCAUCAGUAGAUAGAAGGAACUCUUUCCUUGGUUGGGACAAGUUGCAAGAUAUUGCUAUCGGCAUAGCCAAAGGAAUAGAAUAUCUUCAUCUGGGAUGCGAACUACGAAUCCUCCAUUUCGAUAUCAAACCCCACAAUAUUUUGCUAAACCAAAACUUCACACCAAAAAUCUCUGAUUUUGGUCUGGCCAAAUUAUGUUCCAAGGAUCAAAGCAUAGUGUCAAUGACUACAGCGAAGGGGAUCAUGGGCUACAUUGCACCAGAAGUAUUUUCCAGGAAUUUUGGAAAUGUGUCUUACAAGGCAAAUGUCUAUAGUUUUGGAAUGCUGCUGCUUGAGAUGAUAGGAGGAAGGAAGAAUGCUGGUUCAACCACAGAGAACACGACCAAUGAAGUUUACUAUCCAUAAUGGAUUUAUAACCUUCUAGAGGAAGGAGAUGACCUACGAAUCCAUAUCGGGGGAGAAGGGGAUGGUAAGAUUCCAAAGCAACUUGCAAUUGUAGG